AUGGCAGAUGUAGGAAGUGCUGCACCGGAUUUCACACUUACAGGUGCAGUUAACCAAGAAGAUGUUGAAGUUUCAUUGAGCGACUACGCAGGCAAAAAUUUAGUGGUUCUUUUCUAUCCACUCGCUUUUUCCCCUGUCUGUGCUGAACAGGUGCCGGAUUUCAACGGAAGUUUGUCAGCGAUUCAAGCGAAAGGUGCUGAAGUCAUCGCAAUCAAUCGCGAUUCAACGUUUGCUCAUAAGGCAUGGAGUGAGGUGCUGGGUGGUGUCGAUUUUCCGCUCCUCGCGGAUAUGAACCUUGCCGUUUCUAAGCAGUUCGGUAUGGAAAUCGAAGGUGUCGGCAUUACCACGCGUGGGGUCUUCAUCAUCGAUAAGUCUGGAAAUGUCGCCUUCAAACACGUCGAAGCGGCUCCCCCCGACAAUACGCUGUCAGCGGAGCAAGUUCUGGACGAGCUGGACAAAUUGUAA